AUGAGGUUCGACGGGCUUCUGAAGGCGCCCGCGGAGCUUCUGGGGAGAGGGAGCCAUGGGAGUGUGUACAAGGUUGUCUGUGAGGAUCAUGGGAUGGUUCUUGCAGUGAAGAGGAUUAAGGAUUGGCAGAUUUCAAGUGGUGAGUUUAGGCAGAGGAUGAAGAGGCUUAAUCAGGUGAAACACACCCAUGUUAUGCCUGCUGUUGCCUAUUAUAGUUCUGGACAGGAGAAGCUCAUUGUGUAUGAGUUUCAGCAGAAUUGA